ACAUCCGGGUGUCGCCUCUUCAGCGCAGACGCGUCGCGGUGAUUGCAGCGCUCUGCGUUUCCGCGUUAGUAGCGGGGGGAACGGAGCACAGCGAGAGUGGCCAAACAUAACUGAAUUACGCUGGCCGUUCCGCGAUUAAAAUGAAAAAGACGUGACAUACCAUCCGGCGUCCGUGUUUAAGGAAUGAGCGUGGGAUUAUGACACGAGACGGAAUGACAACACUGCCUGACAUGUGAGACGUCAGGACAAAUACAACAACAGUGCGCUUGUGUGGCUGUCUCCGCCACCGUCUGUUUAUGCUUGCUCUGUUGAUGCACAUUUUGCAUUCGUUUCGCAUUUGCUUGGAGGCAAUAUGAAGAAGUUUAAUAUCAGGAAGGUGUUGGACGGCUUGACGUCCUCUUCCUCCUCCGCCGCGUCCCUUCAGUCGGGAAACCGGGAGAAUGACAUGAUUCAGGAGACCCUGCAGUCAGAGCAUUUCCAGCUCUGCAAGACAGUGCGACAUGGCUUUCCCUAUCAACCCUCCUCCAUGGCUUUUGACCCUGUGCAGAAAAUUUUGGCUAUUGGCACACAAAGUGGAGCCCUGAGACUAUUCGGCCGAGCUGGAGUGGAGUGUUUCUGCCAGCAUGAGAGCGGAUCGGCGGUCAUCCAGCUAGAGUUUCUUGUAAAUGAAGGUGCGCUAGUAAGUGCUUUGGCAGAUGACAGUAUUCAUUUGUGGAAUCUGAGGCAAAAACUUCCAGCCGUCCUCCAUUCUCUUAAAUUUAACCGGGAGAGGAUCACGUUUUGCCAUUUGCCGUUUCAGAGUAAAUGGCUGUACGUGGGCACGGAAAGAGGGAACAUUCACAUUGUCAAUGUGGAGUCCUUCACCCUCUCAGGCUAUGUGAUCAUGUGGAACAAAGCCAUCGAACUUUCCUCAAAGACUCAUCCUGGACCUGUAGUUCAUAUCAGCGAUAACCCUAUGGACGAAGGGAAACUUUUAAUUGGUUUUGAGUGUGGCAUAGUUGUGCUGUGGGACUUGAAAUCGAAGAAAGCUGACUAUCGGUACAGCUAUGAUGAGGCGAUCCACUCCGUGGCAUGGCAUCACGAGGGGAAACAGUUUGUGUGCAGUCACUCAGAUGGCACGCUUACCACAUGGAAUAUACGCGCUCCUGCCAAGCCUGCCCAGAUCAUUACGCCACAUGGUAAACAGCCCAAGGAUGGAAAGAAGCCGGAGCCUUGCAAGCCCAUCUUGAAAGUGGAGUACAAAACUACGAGAGCAGGGGACCCAUUCAUGAUACUGUGUGGAGGUUUGUCAUAUGAUACAGUGGGUAGACGAGCCUGUCUGACUGUGAUGCACGGGAAAAGCACUGCAGUGCUGGAGAUGGACUACCCCAUAGUGGAUUUCCUUACGCUGUGUGAAACCCCAUAUCCAAACGAUUUCCAGGAGCCUUAUGCUGUUGUUGUCCUGCUGGAGAAGGAUUUGGUUCUCAUUGAUCUUGCACAAAUUGGGUAUCCGAUCUUUGAGAAUCCAUAUCCUCUGUCCAUCCACGAGUCUCCAGUGACCUGCUGUGAAUAUUUUGCGGACUGUCCAGCUGAAGUCAUUCCUGCACUUUACUCCGUGGGCUCCAGACAGAAGAGACAAGGGUUCAGUAAGAAGGAAUGGCCUAUAAGUGGAGGUAACUGGGGCCAGGGAACACUAAGUUUCUCAGAGAUGAUCAUCACUGGGCAUGCUGAUGGAUCGAUCAAGUUUUGGGAUGCCUCAGCAUUAAUGCUGCAGGUUUUGUAUAAGCUGAAAACAGCGAAGGUGUUUGAGAAGCCCCGCAGUAAAGAGGAGAAAUCCAGCACUGAAAUUGUGGAUGAAGAUCCGUUUGCCAUCCAGAUUCUGUCCUGGUGUCCAGAGAGCCGUGUGCUCUGUGUGGCUGGAGUCUCGGCUCAUGUCAUAGUGUACAGGUUCAGCAAACAGGAAGUCACCACUGAAGUGGUUCAGCUCCUGGAGGUGCGUAUGCAGUGUGAGCUGAAUGAAGUGGAGUCUCCCGAGUGCGGAGGCGAGCAGGCGUCAGCUGUGUCCACCCCAGGAACCCAAUCUAGCCCUCAGACCUCCCUGCCUCAGUCCCACCCCUCCACCAGCAGCAACAACUCGUCUGACGGCCUGCGAGAUAACGUGCCCUGUCUCAAGGUCAGGAGUUCUCCUCUCAAACAGUCUGCGGGGUACCAGGUGGAGCUGCUCAUUCAGCUGGUGUGGGUCAGCGGGGAGCCGCCACAACAGAUCACCAGCCUGGCCGUCAACUCUGCAUAUGGCCUAGUUGCUUUUGGCAAUGGUAAUGGACUUGCAGUGAUUGAUUACCUUCAGAAAACACUGCUUCUGAACAUGAGCAUAGCUGAGCUGUAUGGAUCAACAGAUCCUCACCACAGACAACCGCGCUCGCCCCGCAAAACCAGACAGCCCUCAGCAGGUCUUUGUGAUGGUAAUGAUGCAUCAGCCGCACCAGAGGAGAAAUGCAAAUCACCAACAGGCUCCGGUUCACCGUGCAAUUCUGAUGAAGACAGCAAACAAAAGUUCAUUGACAGGGUGAAGUCCAAAAGCAAGCGGAUAUCCAAGACUGUUGCCAAUGACUUUGCUAAGAUAUCCCGGAAAAUUAACAUGAUUGCUGAUCAGAAAGAUGACGCCAGGGACAACUCAUUCAGCCGCUCACGCAGCUCCAGUGUGACCAGCAUUGACAGAGAGUCACGUGAGGUCAUUUCUUCCUUCUACUUUUGUGACUCUCUGUCCAAGAAGAGCGAGACUGUGGCAGUGCCCAGCCUGUGGGUGGGCACCUCAUUGGGCAGCAUGCUGGCCAUCGUCCUCACUGUGCCCUCCACACCAGAGCAGAGGAUGCAACAGCCCUUGGGCGUCGCUUUCUGUGGUCCAGUCGUGCGUUUGAAGGGAGGUAUUUUGCGCAUGGCCCAGCUGGAUGCCAGCGGGACCCUUCUGCCCCAUGUUUACGAGUCCUGGUAUGAGCCCAACGCCCCUGAGGAGGAGAGAGAACGGCCACAGAGACGCCGGCCCACCUCGCCUCCUUCGUCUCAGGAGAACCCGGACUGUCAGUACGCUGUGGUCUGCUCAGAGAAACAGGCGAAGGUGGUGGCAAUGCCCUCCCAAAACUGUGUCUAUGAACACAACAUCACAGAGACCUCCUUCGUACUGAGAGCUGAUGUGGUGACGAUGACCGCAGGGGUCGGCAUCGCCUGCUUCUGUGCCAAUGGCCAUAUCAUGACCCUCAGUUUGCCCAGCCUGCGGCCACUGCUAGAUGUGAACUACCUUCCCCUGACAGACAUGAGGAUAGCUAGAACCUUCUGUUUCUCAAACCAAGGCCAAGCUCUGUACCUCACAUCGCCCACUGAGAUCCAAAGAAUCACCUAUAUCCAGGAAACCUGUGAUAACCUGCAGGAGAUGCUUGGAGAGCUGUUUACUCCAGUGGAGACACCAGAGGCUCCAAACCAAGGCUUCUUCAAGGGCUUAUUUGGAGGCGGGGCUCAGUCCUUAGACCGAGAGGAUCUGUUCGGAGAGGUGUCUGCAGGUAAAGCUUCACGCAGCCUGGCGCAGCACAUCCCAGGUCCAGGUGGUAUGGAGGGCAUGAAGGGGGCCGCGUCCGGUGUGGUGGGAGAGUUGGCACGGGCGAGGAUAGCUCUGGAUGAGAGAGGACAGAAACUAGGCGAGCUGGAGGAGAGGACAGCAGCCAUGAUGGCCAGCGCUGACUCCUUCUCUAAACACGCGCAUGAUGUGAUGCUGAAAUACAAGGACAAGAAAUGGUACCAGCUCUGAAGUCCCUGCAGGGAGUCAGCGCACCUUCCUAUAAAGACAGCAGAUCCAUCAUCUCUCCUCCGUUUCUUCCUUCUCUUCCUGUAUCUUUCUCUCUCUGUGAUGUCCAGAGACUGCCACUAGCGCUCAGCACAACGUCACGCAGCAUUACCUCGAGCUGAGGAGCUGCGGAAAGACAGAGGAGACAGGAGGGGAAGGAACGGGACAGGCGAAACGCAUCAGGACGGGAUUUCCUUUCCUUCUCGGUGGCAGUUGAGCUUCCUCUUCUGAAAACACAGCUGUGGAUCUUGUCUUGGGAGAGGAGGCCCAUCACCAGAGCUGCCCCUUGUCUUAUACCUUCACCCGCCACGCUGUCAUUUUCACUGCCAUUCUGUCUGCAAAGAAACUCAAAAAAGGACCUUAAGGGAAAUGAAAGAUUUAAGAUGAAUGAAAUGGGUCAGAGGGACAUAGAGCUGACAAAAGAAAGUCUAACGUCUGCAGCAUUGCCAAGCUUAAUGCUUCUGAUAAUCUGUCACUAGAGCAAGAAUGGGUUGCAUGUCUAGUGAUUUAAUUUAGGAAAUUAGUGCUUUUUCUUGUUUUUGGAAUUGAGAUGAAUCUCAACUAGCUAAUAUUUCACCUCAAAAGCAAUAUUUUGCAUAAAGAAAACCUAUUUUUAGGAGGCAGGGGUGUUCUUCAAGCAAAAUAUUACAUAAAUUAGAUUUUAGGUUGAAGCAUAAGUAGAUUUCAUCAGAUUCUCCCGGUAAUCAUGUUAGCUGUGGAAAAGGCCGGAUUGUCUUACGUAAGGUGUGAUGAAGUACCAUUUAAUUUCACCUCUAAAGGGCUGGAAGUUGCUGUAUUUACCACAUAUCAUGUGAUUAGUUUGCCAUAUGAAAUUGCAGACGGGCCUGGGCAGUGGAGCUGAUCUGAUCAUGCAUCAUUUUGUUGGUUUACGCUGAUCAGGUCUCAAAAGAGCUUUUAGGGAAGAGAUCUGACUUGAUGUACUCCAUACGCUGUGUUGACACUGGAGAAAGAUGAUAUUGAUUUUGAAUAUACAUAUAUAAAGAUUUAAUUAGCAUGACUGUCUAAAAACGUGUCUGGCUCAUAUUUCAUACCAACAUCAAAAGAAAAAAUUUAUAUUUAGCAUGAAGACAAGUUUUUGUAAGAUCAUUCAUUUUCGCAUUGUGCUUAGAAAAGAACACUGUAAUACAAUUUAAAUGUUUUAUUUAGUUGCAUAAAUUAAAGACAGUUCAAAUACCACUAUGAUAUAUAUAUAUAUUUUGUCAAUUAAAAUGUUUUUUUAUCAUUUUGGUACAUUUAUUUAUUUUGUUUCACUUACAGAAUAAAAAUAUGCCCAAUUAUUCACAGUCCAAAAAAAUGGUUUAAUUUUCUAAAAACUGUUAUUUCUAAGUUUUUCUAACUUUUUUGGGGGCGAAAUAUGACCCAGACGUGCUUUUAAAAGGUUUCAACUGCUGAAUAUUUGCUGGUUAUGUACAAACAGAGAUCUGGAGCACGUAAAUUAUUUUUGAUCUAAGGGAGCAGGAUAUUUUUAUCAUGAAGAGGAGCACGAGUGAGAGUUGGUAAGUGUCAGGCAUGAUCUUGAUUAUGUGCCUUGAGAUGAAUGACAUGUCAGAAACCCGUCCGUUCUCCGGACACAAGAGACACCUUUGAAAUGUGCAAAGAGAACUGAUUCUUCAUAUGCAAAACAUCUUCCUCCUUAUCUCCCAUGAUGCAACUGCUCCUGGACGAGGAAAUCUCGAGGCUAAUGCGAGACUCAGUACAGUACCUGGUGACUUCCUCCUCUGAAGUACGUAAGGAAUGGAUUUCUCUGUGUAUUUUCUAAGAAGACUUUUCGGAUGGACUAAUGCAUGAGUUUGUCAUCCUCACAGAGAGCUGAAUAUAUCUAUCUCUGUGUUUGGAGGCGACCACUAAAUGUUCAGUGCAACUCCAUGCUUUCGGUCAGCAGCCCCUCGGAUGGGCGUUACCUUCUGCCUUUGCUUUUGCAACCCAUGAAUAUAUCCUAACCUCGUGUGCAUAUACGUGUGUUCGUGAACAUACAUGUGCGAAAGAAUAUGUGUAUGCUCACGUUUAUAUAAACUAAAGAUACAAUAUAUUUGAAAGCAUAUGUUGGGAUGUUUUCUUUAAGUGUGUUUUCUUAUUUAUGAGGUGCAAGGAAUUGCUGCUAUCUGUGUUUCAGAUUACGAGCAUCUGUCAAAUCGGUUGACGCUUGUUAUUUUCCUAUCAGGCAUAUGAAAGAGUUAAUUCUCCAAAAAAUGAAUAUUUGCUGAAAAGAUAUUAUCCUCAGGCCAUCCAAGAUGCAGAUGAGUUUGUUUCUUCAUUAGAACAGAUUUGGAGUAAUUUAGCAUUACAUCCCUUGCUAAAGUGAAUGGGUGCCGUCAGAAUGAGAGUCCGAACAGCUGAUGAAAACAUCACAAGAGUGCAGUCCACCAAUUAAAAAGCUGUGUGUCCAGCUGUUUGGACUCUCAUUCUGACGGCACCCAUUCACUGCAGAGCAUCCGUUGGUGAGCAAGUGAUGCAAUGCUACAGUUCUCCAAAUCUGUUCUUAUGAACAAAUAAAUUCCAUCUUGGAUAGACUGAGGAUUAGUAAAUUUUCAUUUUCGGGUGAACUGUUCCAUGAAGGCUUUUCUCUUCAUUUUCUUUGUUUGUCACAUUGCUGCCAAAUGUUGUAAAUAUGACUAUUUCUGAAGACAAACUUGAGAGUGCUUACGCAGUCAAAGUUACUGAAGAUGGUGGCUGUGAUCUGACUAGACUCCAAAGAGUUGCUUUGCUGUGAAACUUGAUCUCACAGAGAGGAGAGGAUGCAUCAGCCUCAUAGCAUCUCUACAUCAUGUAUAGAUAGAUAGACAUAGCAAACUACUCCUUCUGUUGCCAUGAUGUUUGUGUAAAUAUCUCACAAAUCUGCAAAUGUCAGUGUUGACAAACUGAAAAUCAAAUUCAGCUUCUCUUCUAUGAGCGGUUGUGUGGUUUUGCACUGUGUGUUUUAUACUGUAAUCACAUCAAAAUCAUUUUAUUGUAUUGGUCUUUAUUUUGGACAUUUUGUUUCUUUAAGGACCAAAAUUAACUAUAUGCUAGGUGUAAAUGUGGCGCACACUCUCUCAGAUUUGUCUUCAUUGCCAGUUUAAUCAUAUUCUAAUAUAUAUAUAUAAUUGACUUUAAAUUUACAAUGAAUAUGAAAGGGUGCAUUUUGAGAUGAACUUGUUGUGUAAAUAUUCUCGCUUAAUCAAAUAUGAAAUCUUUUCUGGUGAGCCAUCUGCUUGGUCGUCUGUGGAAGAGGAAAAGAUGAGCUGAAGAGUCUCUGAAAUCACUGGCCAUCUCUGUACUGUUCGUUCUCUGGUUUCUCUUGCACAAAAGGCAGCAUGAUAUCGUGUUUACAAACUUGAAACAUCCAUCUACUUUAUAUAUUGGUUAAUUUUCUUUAGUCCUGCUAGUGAGAUGUUUGUAAAGGAACGAAUCAAAAGUAUUUCCUCUCUAUUGAUUAUUAUGAAAGCGUGCUUUUAUUUUAUUUUUCUGAUAGUAUACACACAGCAUUGUUAUUUGAGUUUCCCUGAACAUCAUUGCUGUACUCCAGAAAAAAAAUACUCUCCUGAAAACGGUCAGUUUUGGGGAAGAUUCUCCGUGGGGUUGCAGGUUUUCUCAUCGCAGUCGACUUAAUGUACAUUUUUAUUAUUCAGACUUUCACAUGAAUGUUUGUCUUAAUCUGCUGCCACCCAACAGUUUAGGAAACAUGUUUAUAAGGCAUAAAUAAAUGUAACGGAAAGAUGUCUUUA